UGUCACUAUCCGAUCCAUCCCUUCAUAACAUGUAUCAUUAUGCUGAAAUAUGCUUACCAAGAAAGAAAAAAGUAUAUGAAACGUUCCGCCUCUGAAUCUGAUGUUUUACCCAAUUUUUCAGUUCAAAUACAUACAGGAUAUUUGAUGAAAGGAUACCUGACAAAUUGGAACCUGACAAAGUCUAUAAGAACCAUUCAUAUGUCAUACGCCCUAAGGAACAUGAGCUGCUUAAGACACACAAUAUUCCACAAACCUCCUGUGCCAAGUUCAUAAGGACUAAUGUAAGGUUCCUGAAUGCACCUGUAACUCACAUGGAGACAGAGAUGACAAAGUGUAAAUGGUGGCCAGAGUCAGUAGAUAAUGAUUUGAGGGUCAAGGCACCAUACAGCAUUGACACCACUCAACGGAAGGACUACCAAGCCAUUCAUCAAACACUGACUCCUGUCAGACAUGUGACAAACAACAACAGAAUGGCUGCCUCCGGAAUCUUUCCCACUUUACACCCUCUGGGCAGUCCAAAGGUUUUGUUGGAGAGCAUGUCCUUCAUUCACCAGUAUGACUGUAGGAAGUUACAAGACCAACCAUAUCAAGGAAGGCACCAUGGAACUUUUGUGUGGAGAGAAGUGAAUCCAAAAGGAGCAAGCACAUUCCUGAGCGUCGGAGGGUCACGUCCACCAGCAGAGAACGGAGGAAAUGCUGUGACCUCACCCCAGCUUUCCACACUCUACCCCCAGCACACUGGGAAUAGUGGUGGGGCCAGCUCAAGUUGGGAUGAGCCCAAAAGUUAGAGGCCCCUUUGUCCGGGGGUCAUCUCAGGGGAGUUAAAGCCAGCUUUUUCAAAGCUUAAACAGAUCCACAUCACCCAGAGAUGAGCACAUUGUCCAGGGAGAAGUUCCAUGUAUCUCCACAACCUUUAAUGCAGUUGCCGAGGAGAGAUAAUGCAUGCGGUAAGUGCAUGUGAAGAGCAACGAGAAUCAUAUCUAAUGAGAGCAGCGUUGAGCCGCAGCACAUCCAGUGGCUCCAAAUCCAGAUUUAAUAAACCA